AUGACAAUCCGGACAUACCUCAACCAAAAACCCUGGAUGCACAGGGAUAUCCGUACCAUGCUGAGUGCCCGUACUGCAGCAUUCAAUGCCAGCAUAACGAACCCCGAUGACUCGGUGGCGUGCGACGCAUACAAGCUGGCGGGCGUCUUCUCGGAUAUCUUCAACCUGUCCCUGUCCCAGGCUGUAGUCCACACUUGCUUCAAUGAGACCAUCAUCGUCACAGUGCCCAAGAAAAACAAGAGCUUUGUGGCCAUGUACGAUGGGGCGAGGGUGCCUUCACCCCAGGACAGUGUCAACGGUGUGCCCCCUGCUGCCGUGAACCUGGCAGAAACAGAUGCGGGGUCAGGCGGGUCAGCGUCAGUGCCCACCCCGGCCGUGCAGCCCAAGUCAGAAGAAGAGGAGGGGCCUGAGGUGGAAGAGGAGGAGCCCAGACCAGAGCCUGUCCUGGUGAAGAAGGCCCAUAGGGAGAUCCUAGACCACGAAAGGAAGAGGAGGGUGGAGCUGAAGUGCAUGGAGCUGCAGGAGAUGAUGGAGGAACAAGGGUACUCUGAGGAGGAGAUCAGGCAGAAGGUCGGCACCUUCAGACAGAUGCUGAUGGAGAAAGAGGGUGUAAUCACCAGAGAGGGAACACACACACGCCCACCGAUCAAACACAUAGUCCAUGGAGAGCAUGGUGAGGAGCAGACCGACCCAGCCCUGGCUGAAGGUUACCAGGAGGACGCAGACAGGCACGGAGACUACUACGAUAAAGACGGUUAUAGGUUCGACAGCUCCUCUCCCUCCCGCAGAGAGAAGAAGAAGAAAAGUGGAAAGAAACACAAGCGAGACAGGUCCCCAGUAGAGUCCCCCAGUAGGAGGUCUCAACGUAGAGGCAGCUGCUGUAGCUCCCGAAGUGCAUCACACUCCUCCACAGGCCACAGCCCCUCCAAGUCCCCUGGCAGGCCCAACUCCAAGCACAAGACAGACGGACACAAGGCCUGUGUGAGCCCGUCCCCGUCUCCCGGUCCUGGCGGUCCUGUCACGUGGCACAACGGGCACCACCACCAAGACCACGCCCGCAACGGCAAAGCUGGCAGACUCAACCACAACCACGUGGCCGAGGGCAACAAAGGGCAAGAUAAGCUGAGAAUGCUGACUGCUGCUACUCCGGGAGACCAGUCGACCAUGAUGCUGCCUCAGCUGAGAGGAGGAGAGCACAAGACCCACAAUGCCCUUUACACGACCCCAGGAGGAGGUUCUGCAAUCCAGGCUGGACAGGCUGGAGAGGCCCUACAUGGAGAGGAAAGGCAGACGAUAGGGUCGUCGGGCAGACGGGGAGGUCACAGAGGUCACAGAGCUCAUGGGAAGAGCUCCCAUUCGCCAGCUCACAGCAGUGACUCCGCCCACUCUCAACGUAACCUGCAUCCUCACAGAGGAAAAAGCUCUCACCGGAAGAAGACUAAAGGGGGCCACUCGUCCAAGCGGCACCACCAUGGGGUUCGGGGACAGGCCCAUCACCAGAGCCAGUCUGGCUCCCCGGGGCGGCACCGCCACACAUCUGGGUCAGGCAGGAAGAAGAGUGAGUCUCGGGGGCGCGGUGGCAUGGGGGUCCGACAGCGUAGCAGCUCCUGGAGCUCCGGACGCUCUUCAUCACGCUCCGGCUCCAGAGAGAGAGGCCCCAGCAAAGCCAAGUCCCCCCACCCCCAUGCCAGACAGAACAACUCCAGGGAGAGAGACAGCCCUCACCACUCUGAUGCUGACCGUGCUCGCCGUCGCUCCAGGAGCUAUUCUCCCAUCAGGAAGAGGAGACGAGACUCUCCCAGCUUCAUGGAGGCUCGUAGGAUCACCAGCGCUCGGAAGCGGCCUAUCCCGUACUACCGUCCAAGCCCCUCCUCCUCCAGCUCCAUGUCUAGCCCCUCCCACUCGGAGAGGAGUCGCAGCCAUGACAGCUACAGCAGCUAUAGCCGCAGUCACAGCCGCACCAGGAGCCACAGCCGCUCCCGCAGCCGCAACCACAGCUACUACAGCCGCAGCAGUUACGAGAGCCCCGGCUUCUGA